UUGGUGACCGCGGUGCGGUGGAAGAAUCGAUCAGCUUUCGUCGCCAUUGCAAAGCAGGGCGCCGCGUCGACUCUACCGCGUCUAGUUAUGGAGAUCUAUAUUUUCUUCAUGCAGGACGAAUCAAUGUGACACAACGUAACGCGUCUUUUGGCUUUUGUAAACAGGGGGCGGGCUCAGGUGGGCCUAACCUGCACCUGCGCAGCCAAUCGGGGGCCGCCGUCGCGCGCCUCCCCUCCCUCCUCGACGAUCGUCAUUGGCUCGGCGCCGCGUCGCUUUUCCGCAUCGAGGCGACGCGAGGGCGAGGGAAGGAGAAGACGAUUAACGCUGUCGACGGUGACUUUGUGCUCGGCCGACUGACAUCCGCCGCCAACCCCCCGCCCCCCGCCCCCCUCCCCCGAGCGCGAAGGAGCGCGCAGAGCGGCGUUCAUGCGCGUGGAGCGCCCAUCCGCGCCGAGCCGCGCGUCCUUUCAGCACCGGACAGCGAUCGGCAGGUGGGCUGCUGACGUUUCGCACCGACAACCGCGCCGAUGCUUGACGCCGACGAGGGCGCUUCCUUCGCGCGGCCUUUCGGAGGCGGAAUGCAGACGUGUUUGAUUCAUGCAAAGAUGGAAGAGCUUCAUCCGGCAAAUGCCCUUGAAUAGACAGGCCUCUCUCUCUCUCUCUCUCUCUCUCUCGCGCGCGCGCGCGUGUGUGUGCGUGUGUGUGUGUUGGUGUCCUCCCUCCCUUCUUCUUCUCGUCGCCCGUCGUCCCGUCUCUUGUCUCGGGGCAAUGCGUGGAUAGAUGACUUGGCUACAUCAACAAGCACCGCGGCAUCUUGGACUAAUAUAGCAGCGUCACAUCCCCUCCUCUCUCUCUCUCUCUCUCUCUCUCGCUCUCUUUCUUUCUUUCUGUCUUUCUGUCUCCCCCUCCCUGCCUCUCUCUCGCUCUCUUCCUCCCUCCAAUCGCCGAGCCCUCCGUCCAAAGGCACCAUGGGAAACCGCGGCAUGGAGGAGCUGAUCCCGCUGGUCAACAAGCUGCAGGAUGCGUUCAGCUCCAUCGGCCAGGCCUGCAACCUGGACCUGCCGCAAAUCGCGGUGGUGGGCGGCCAGAGCGCAGGGAAAAGCUCCGUGCUGGAGAACUUUGUGGGCAGGGACUUUCUGCCCCGCGGGUCUGGAAUCGUCACUCGCAGGCCCCUGGUUCUGCAGCUUAUCAGCGCCACCGCAGGUGGGCUCGCACACGUCGUUCGCACGCCCACACGAGCCGCCGGCGCGCUCCCAAAUGGCAAAAAUGCACGCACUUCAUUUGAAAUGGCGCUGUUUUCAUUGCACUCCGGCAUUCUGUCCGUCUCACACAUCGCCAGCAAACUCUCUUGCGUGUUCUUCAUCUCCGCAGAAUGGGCCGAAUUUCUCCACUGCAAAGGGAAGAAGUUCACAGAUUUCGAUGAGGUUCGCCAGGAGAUCGAAGCCGAGACGGACCGCGUCACCGGCGCCAACAAAGGCAUAUCUCCUGUCCCCAUCAACUUACGCGUGUAUUCCCCAAAUGUGCUGAACUUGACGCUCAUCGACUUGCCGGGGAUCACCAAGGUGCCGGUCGGAGACCAGCCCGUUGACAUCGAGCAGCAAAUCCGGGACAUGAUCAUGCAGUUCAUCACCAGGGAGAGCUGCCUGAUCCUGGCCGUCACGCCGGCCAACACCGACCUCGCCAACUCGGACGCCCUUAAACUGGCGAAGGACGUCGAUCCCCAAGGUCUGAGGACUAUAGGAGUGAUCACCAAACUGGAUUUGAUGGAUGAGGGCACCGAUGCUCGUGACGUGCUGGAGAACAAGCUCCUGCCGCUCAGAAGAGGCUACAUCGGAGUGGUGAACCGCAGUCAGAAGGACAUCGAUGGGAAGAAAGAUAUCAAGGCAGCUCUGGAGGCAGAGAGAAAGUUCUUCUUCUCCCAUCCGGCGUACAGGCACCUGGGGGACAAAAUGGGCACUCCGCACCUGCAGAAAGCGCUCAACCAGCAACUGACCAACCACAUCCGAGACACUCUGCCAGCCUUCCGCAGUAAGCUGCAGUCCCAGCUGUUGGCUCUGGACAAGGAGGCCGAGGAAUACCGGGGAUACCGACCGGAUGACCCGUCCCGCAAAACCAAGCAGCUGCUGCAGAUGGUGCAGCAGUUCUCUGUGGACUUCGAGAAGAGGAUCGAGGGUUCGGGAGACCAGGUGGACACAGUGGAGCUGUCAGGUGGAGCCAAAAUCAAUCGCAUCUUCCAUGAGCGUUUCCCAUUUGAACUGGUCAAGAUGGAGUGCGAUGAGAAGGAGAUGCGUCGUGAGAUCAGUUAUGCCAUUAAGAACAUCCACGGGAUCAGGACAGGGCUGUUCACUCCGGACAUGGCGUUUGAAGCCAUAGUGAAGAAACAGAUCAUCAAGUUAAAGGAGCCCUGUGUCAAGUGUGUGGACAUGGUCAUCCAGGAACUGAUCAACACUGUACGCCAGUGUUCCAACAAGCUGGAAUGUUUCCCAACGCUCCGUGAAGAAACGGAGAGAAUCGUGACUUCUCACAUCCGAGACAGAGAGAGUCGCGCGAAGGAACAGGUUCUGCUGGUGAUAGACAUUCAACUCUCUUACAUCAACACUAACCACGAGGACUUCAUUGGCUUUGCAAACGCCCAGCAGAGGAGCAGUCAGACGAACAAGAGUCAGAGCUCAGCAACCAAUCAGGUCAUCCGCAAAGGCUGGCUGACCAUAAACAACAUCAGCAUCAUGAAGGGAGGAGCCAAGGAGUACUGGUUUGUCCUCACUGCUGAGAGCCUUUCCUGGUUCAAGGAUGAUGAGGAGAAAGAGAAGAAGUACAUGCUCCCUCUGGACAACCUGAAAGUCCGCGACGUCGAGAAGAGUUUCAUGUCCAGCAAGCACAUAUUCUGCAUUUUUAAUACAGAGUCAAGGAAUGUGUAUAAGGACAAUCGCACUCUGGAAUUGGCUUGCGACUCACAGGACGAUGUGGACAGCUGGAAGUCUUCUCUGCUCCGUGCCGGGGUCUACCCUGAGAAGACCACCACGGUUGAGAGUGAGUCCUCCACUACCACCUCGGAUAACUUUUCCAUGGACCCCCAGCUGGAGCGUAAAGUGGAAACUAUCCGUAACCUGGUCGACUCCUACAUGGCUAUCGUCAACAAGUGCAUCCGGGAUCUCAUGCCCAAGGCCAUCAUGCAUCUCAUGAUCAAUAACGUCAAGGAGUUUAUCAACGCAGAGCUGCUGGCCCAGUUGUACUCGGCAGGCGACCAGAACGCCCUGAUGGAUGAGUCCCAGGAGCAGGCUCAGAGGAGGGACGAGGUGCUGAGGACCCACCAGGCCCUAAAAGAGGCCUUGGCUAUCAUCGGGGAUAUCUCAACCACCACCAUCACUGUCCCUUUGCCACCGCCCGUCGACAACUCCUGGGUCGGGGGAUCAAGCGGCGGUCGCAGGUCUCCUCCUCCAAGUCCCACCGCCCCGAGGAGGAUGUCUGCAGGCCAGCGCCCAGCCCCUCGAGGAGCCCCGCCACCGCCGAACCGUCCGGGUCCCCUGGGGCCCUUCAAUAACAGCGCCGAGAGUCCCCAGGCCCCGAGCCGCCCGAACCGGGCCCCUCCGAGCAUCCCCAGCCGACGACCACCACCAUCUCCGACAAGACAAGCGCCGCCAUAAUCAUCCGAAGGGGCCGCUCGUCUUCUUCUUCUUCUUUCUCUCUUUAGCCAUGGCUCCGCUGCCCUCUUCUCUGCUUAGUGCAAAUCGUGUCCCCUUGACCCGCAAUCUCCUGCCAGUUGCCCAUGUCCAUAUAUCUAUGUACAGUAUUGUACUUGUCUUGUGGUGUACGCGUAUGUGCGCUUGUUGCUCGCCUGUGGUCCGGAUAAGCUUCGGCAGAACCACAUCCGAGUAUCAGUCACCGAUCCCGUUUUCCCCUCAACCCCUCGCCAAGUCAGCCACGGCCAGAACUUGCUGCUUCGACGGGAAAAUAUGCCCAGCCGAUGGGCUGCCGUCUUCAUUCCAAAAUGCAGCGUGACGGAUCAGCUGCUUUUAAUGCAUGGGAGUGUAUGUGUGCGAAGAUGUUUUGCGUGAAUGGGGGAGGAACUCAUUUGCCUAUACGUACACUCCAAUUCCUUUAGGAUUCAUUUAUUGUACAACCCUCUCGUAAGUGUUCGUUAUCAGCCUAUUGUCCUCGAUAGGAACACAAGUUGUAUCUUAGUGCGUGUAUGUGUGUAAACAUGCGUUUGCGUGCAAGUAAUACUGUGUAGGCGUGCACGAGUGUGCGAGAAGACGUCCAGUAUGCAUACGCAGUCUGUCUGCACGUUUGUUGCCGUUUCCGUUGUAUUUGUUUUCACGUCGAAAGCUGUUAACGACGAGUCCUAAACCCUCGGGGCGGAAAUUGACUAUUGGACUUCGGCGAGAUGUUUUAUGUGUCGUAGUAGCAGCCGUACACACGUAGCGAGGCCGAGGAGCACCAUCAGUAUUCUCUAUUGGAAACGGCCUCAAUACUACAUUUAACCUCGUCGUAUCGGUCCACCUGUGCCGUAUCAAUGGUCAAAGUUGUGACCCCUGACGCCUUAAGCUCAGAUUCAGAUGCUGACUGACGGCUGUUGCGGCCGGAACACUCUUCGAUGUGGUCCUGUGGCCAUUUCACAUCUUUCCUUUUAGCCCUGAUCUCAGGUUUUAAAAACACGCUACCACCUUAAUGCACGUGAAAGACUUUAUUUAUUCGACUCCCGUAGUUUUUCUUUUCAUCGCACGCUCGUCAUUUCAGUCAGUCAGCAUCUGCGUUGGAUCUUAAGCAGCUAUUGUCAGUGUUCGAGUGCUUCUCUGUCACUUUGUUCGUGUGUUUAUGGUCCUAAACUGUGUUCUGGUUCUCCUGUAUAUAGGUAUCAAAUAAGGAAAUACUGUACCUGUGGACUAUUAAGACCUCACGAUGCAUCUUAGCGCUUUAAUGGUUCUCAGUCUAGUCACUCAACAUCUCAUUUAGACUGCCUUACCGGCAUGAAUUACAAUUCUGUAUUGCCAAAGCGAAAUAUGUAGAGAGAAUUGCAGAGUAUGACAAGAAAACUGAAGAACAACAAUCGAAUGAUUCCAUUUGUAGUACGAUGUUUGUCAAAGAACAAAAUGGGAAAUUGCAUCUAUUGUUAUUUUCGGUGUCUCUGUAUUGUUCCUCAAUAAUAAUAAUACGAAUAAAAAGUCUUACUUCUCAA